AAACCAAUGCUUUAAAAUCAAAGCUGGCAGUGUUUUCUGUUCGGGGAGGACAGCAACAUUUUAAUUUGAGUGUAAUGCGAAGACUGUCCAGUAGGUGCGUUUAGAGUACUGUGAAAACAGUAAUGUGUUUGUGUACUAUGUAGCAUUGUAGUAUUAUAGUAGGUUGAAAACCUAUACCAUCAAGAUUGUAAUCCCAUCAUUUAUCCGGAUUCUCAAAGGCCUCAGUUGUUGCUGUUUCCAUUUGCAACGUGUUUGAUAUUCACAGCUGAUCAGCCCAAGUCCAGGCUGUGGAGUCCUUUCCUCGCUCUCUCCACAUAAGGAUGGAUGUACAGUAUAUGAGAGCUCUCCCUACUGGCCGGAUCUGGAAUCGUUCCAGAUAAUCAUUGGGCUGGAAUCUCUCCAGAUAUCUCACACGUAGGAGCUUCGUGGUUUAGCUAUUUUAUCAUCCUGGAUUUGUUAAACAUUAACCCAAUUCGUAAUCGAGAUUAACAUUUACGAGCGAGUUUUCCCAAGUUUGAAUUCAGUUGCCCCAGAAAUGGUGGGCCAUCUACACUUGCAAGCGAUGGAUGACAGCUUGAAAGGGAAGAACCGGGAAGGGUUGCUUGACAGUCCGGAUUCAGGGCUGCCUCCGAGCCCCAGCCCGCCUUUCUAUUCCAUCUCCCCGGGUAUACUGGAGAGCCGAGCCGGGGGAAGCAGCACACCCAUUGAACAGCAUGGAUACAAUUACAGAAAGGAGAGCAAGGAAGGCAAACUGCUGCCGUAUCUCCUCCUGAACUCCCCUGGGACUGAGAUGAAGCCCAGAAUGUACCCGGUGUUCUUCGGAGAAAGCAUCGAGGUCAAAUCAGAACCAGCUAAAGAAAUCAGGUGCAACUCGGAGGUGAAGUACGACUCCGACAAGCACUACAGAAAUGAAGUCUACUGCGCCCCGAUCCCCACCGUCACCUCUUACAGCGAGACCUUCAUCGCGGCCCCUAACUGCACGUGGCGGAACUACAAGUCUGAGCUCCAGUUCGAGCCCCGGCAGAAAGCACUGCGGUUCCAGAGCACAACCAUCAUCUUCCCCAAGCACGCCAAGAAUAUUUACAGAACCACCCUCAACUACAACUCUGCCAGCGCCAAAAGAUGGUUUGUGUCCAGUGUGCAGCUGAAGUCGAGCGAGGACGUCAGCCCCUGUAUAAUCUACACCGAGGACCUUUAACUGGUGCAAAGCUCAUCCCCUAGUGAGAGAGAGAGAGAGAGUCCUGUAAAGACUGACACGCUGGGCUUAGCGGCUGUUUGCUAACAGUGAAAAGGUACUUGAAAUUUUAAUGGCAGGACUUGUGCUGUCUGGAUGACUGUACAUAUUUAUAUACAUCAUAUACAUUUGCUGCCUAAAGCAGACAUUUUUAAUGUUAUUGCUUAGUCGUCUUGGUAUAGGGUAACGCUCUUAUUUUUGUUUUAGUUUGUGGUUUAUUUGUGUUCUGGGAUUUGGUGGAAUGUGCCCCCUCAAGACUACGACUAUAUCUCCUGGGUUGGGAGUGAGACUGGGAGACAAGCACUUUUUCUUUCAUUCCUUAAGCACUACUCCCACAAGGCUUCAAGCCCAGAGGCGGGGUAUCACCAACAAUAAUACUAUUGGGGGGCUAUUGCCUACUUACCUGACUGCCUGUCAGAUGUAGCAGCGGUGUAUGAGGGAAACAGAAUUGAGAGUUUCUGAUAAGAUUAGGCAGGUGUGGUGCCUUUGAUUGCUCUGGUAUACCCUCCUUGGUCCUUUUGCUCAAUAUACCAAACAUUUUUCAUUUGAAAUUGCCCGCGCUACUGUCAGCGAGAGAGCCCUCGUGUAUAGUUUAUUUUAUCCAAAAUCACAUCUCAGCUUCAUAUGAAAACAAUAUCCUACAAUAGUGUCAGGGUAGUGCCUUUUAAAUAUUGGAUGUAAUAUUAAGCAUUUGAAUGCGCAAUGCAGAUUCAUUUUAAUAUAUUUUCGGUUGUGUUUCUGAAACAGAUUACUAUGCUCAUGAGUAAAAUCAUUCACCUGGUGUAUAAUAUAAGUGCCUUUGUUUUCUUUUUUACACAUGAUUUAGUGGUAGCAUGAAAAAAAACAAAAACUCCCAAAUUGUCUGUAUUGUGGACCAAAUAUUUCAUACAGAAUCAGGUCAAGCUGCGAUGCACUGAUAUGUAAAGAAAUAUCAGCAAUGCAAGGCCUUAUUACUUCAGUAGGAAGGCUUGUUUUACUUGUGGCAGAUGUAAUUCUAUAAUAAUGUUUUAAAUUAUUGCGUCAGUGUACUUUAACCAGCUUUUCUCUUUGCUAAAUGUAUCUAGUCAAAAAGGUAACAUUACAUUCUGAAGGACAGCUAAGAAGGAUUUUCAAGCGGAAAAACUGAUGCUGCAGAGACGGACAAGAAUUGUGCUUCAACUUAUGUUUAUCAGUCAUUCUUAAAAAAUACAAAACAUUUUCAAUGAGAAAAAACAAGUUCAAAUGACAACACCAAAGAGAUGACUUUUCUAAAGUCGACAGGAGUCUGAUUCGUUCGAUAGGUCUUUGUGGGCCUUCCCUUAGCUUUGGUCAUUACCUAGCACUGGCUUUGGCUUGGAGGCCCGGUUUAUGCCAUACACUGUACCUACAGUAUCUGUAAGAUAUAUUUAUAAGGUUGAAAUCUGGGGAAAAUCUAAAGUGAUGCAAUGUUUGUGUCCUCCACUGUAGAUCUGUAUAUCUUAAAAAGCCUCCACACCUGAAUUGCAUUACUGCACCGCUAAUGCCAAAUAACUGGCUUAGGAAGCCCUGGUUUGUUGUUGUAACCUCAUCGAGGGAAUAACCAUAAAUAUGCUUGUUGUUUUUUAAUGACCGAGACAUGGACGCUGUAAACAUUCAUAUCACUGUGCAAUAUCAUUCGUCUCAUGUCCUCUUUCCAGUUGUGCAUCUUGGGCCCUAAUUUUCAGAAGUUGGGUAAUGGGGUUUACUAAAUAGCAAGGAUUAUAUCUUACUUUUGACAUUUUAGGCCCUUAGCACAAAACUUUUGAAUUCACACACAAAAUGUAUUCCAUAUGAGAUACACAGCGUGUGCUAGCAAGCUUCAAACAUUUUAGCCCUGCAGGUAGAUGCAUGUGUUUCUUGAAGCUGCGCUACAGUUAAUGGGAUGUGAGCAGCAGCCGCCACAGAUUGCGUUCAAGGAUAGAAAAUGUAACUGGAAGGAAAUCCCUCAAGUCUGCCUCUGUUUCACUGUGAUUUACAAGCCUGGUACCCUGGCCUGGUGCGGGAAGCUGGACAUGAAGCAGGAAACACAAUGAAUCAUAAAUCAGCUUUUUACAGCUUGUCACAGGCACUUAUAAAACGGCUGAAACAUAAAAAACGUUUAUAAAGCUCUGCCACCACAACGCUGUGUUGCUAAUACAGCGUGUGCACAUAGCACUGCCUGAUAACUCUGAAGAUCAGCGGCAUCUGAUACUACCCAGGUCACUCUUACCAGUAUCAGCCGCAUGCCAUUUAUUCCAAUAUAGAGCAAUGCACUCCUUAUCCAUCUUUUUGUACUCUACUGUAGCAUUUAAAAGUGCUUUACGGAACAGAUCAGCUCUUAUGUAGGCAAAUGACCACCCAUAACCUAAAUCCUCAAUCAUAAAAAUUAGAGUACUGCUAAAAAAAAUAACAUGGUGAUAAAAAUCAGAACAUGGUUUCAAUGAAAAGACUUGCACUGCAUGACUGCUUUUUCCAGUCAGUUUAGCUGCCCUUCAAAUCUAACUUACUGUCUGUCUUUCAUGUUGUUUGCCGUGCAAACUCUCAAAAUGUAAUCCUAUAAAAACGAAAUAUAUAUAUAUAUAUAUAAAUAGUACUUGAAGAAGUGACCAAAUCUUUUUGAGGAUUUUUUUUUUUUUUUAAAUCUGUUCCCGACAGAAAAAUUAAGAGAUUUUACAAAAUAUAUAUAUAUAAACAAAACAAAAACAAAAUAGUCAGUUUUUAAACACAUUGCAUGUUAGUUGUUGAGUGUUGUAAAUGUAAAUUCCAUUGGAUUAAGUGAGGGAGAAACAAAUAAAGGGAUGCUUUUUGAGACCAGUUCAACCACCCCUGCGCUGACUCGGGAGGGCGAAGAUGAACACACGCUGUCCUCCGAAGCGUGUGCCGUCAAUGCGGACCGCUUUUUUUCACACUGCAGACUCACCAUGCAGCCACCCAAGAGCUACAGCGUCGGAGGACAACGCAGCUCUCGGGCACCCGGCCAGACUACAGGGGUCGCUAGUGCGCAGUGAGCCGAGGACACCCUGACUGACCUAACCCUCCCUCCCCCUGGGCGACGCUCGGCCAAUUGAGCGCCGCCCCCUGGGAGCUCUCGUCCUCGAUCGGCAAAGGAAUAGCCUGGAUUCGAACUCGCGACUUGCAGGCUAUAGAGCGCAUCCUGCACUCACGUGGAGCGCCUUUACUGGAUGCGCCACUCGGGAGCCCCAGAAUGAUAAACUUUUAAACAUUGAUGCUAGAGCUAAGAGUUCUGCCCUCCCAGAAACACAGAAAAAAAGUCCUGACCUAGAAAAAAUGUGCUAAGUGAAUUGAAACAGAAGCCUGGCUGCCUAAUCUAAGGUACAGAUUCCCUUUUGUGCAGCUGUGCCAGGACUCGGGUUCAGCAACUAUUGUGAGAUAUUGUAAGCGCUGUAUACUUAAUGAAUGAAAGUACUUUUGUUUUCACAGGGGUGGGUUUAGUAGCCACUGAAUCCUAGUGGUUCUGUUUUUAAUAUACAGGGAGUCAGUCUUCCUUGCAUGCUGCCACAUGUGCUACUGAAACUUAUCCUCACCAAAGGCUUGGAGAGUUUGCGUUUUAUCGACAUAAUGAUAUGUGAUUUGUAAUAAGACAUGCUGAAGGAGGUAUUAAAAAACCUUUAUAAAUUCCCUCCCCAGUCAGUUGUUUUGUAGAUUUCAGGAUGUUAAUUUCUAUCCAGUUCAUCACUGCCAGGAAAACAAUUGUGCCUGUGAUGUUGCACCUUAUUGCAAUAUUUAUAAUCAAACUCACCUUAACGUUUUAAUGCCGUCAUCUACGUUUUUAAAUAUUUUGACAAUUAUUAACAAGGAAAACUGUUUAGUACAAUGCAAUUCUACGGGCACCUUGCUAGUAGAAAUACUUGUGUCAUAUUAUAAAGUAAUUAUGAUGCUUCUAUAAUUCCUGAUUAUUUUUACUAGGUAAUGUUAAUAGCUGCCUAAUACAUCCUGUUUCACACAUUUAGAUGUAUAAUGAAUUCUUCAUAAUGGAUCCUUAAGCUAAAGUGUUGUUAAAUAUACAUCCUGAUACAUGUACGUUAUGUACUAACCUUUUAAUGUUUGUAUUACUGGUCUUAUUUUAAAUGUUGCUUACCUCGGUUUUUUUUCCUCACACACGGUCUGCCAGUUUCUCUUUAUGUUGUUCAACACUGCAUAAUUACAUCACAGAAUUGCUGCCGUUUUUUGUUUUUGUUAUUAUUAUUUAAGAAAUAUGUAUUCUGUUGAAGAUAAUGAUAUUCCUGUAUGUUUAUGCAUUUUAAAUUCAAAAUACAUCGCAGAAGGACUAUGAGACAAAGGAGUAUGUUUUAUGAAUUUUAUACAAGUGUGGGUCACACUGUAUGUUUAACAGUACUGAUUGUGUAUAACAGUGAGAGCAGCUGGGCUGGAAUUGUAUAAUUGCUGUUUCAGACUGUUGAAUGAAGAUGGUUGUGGUGAAGGUGCAGAAAGACAAUGUGGACUAAAUAAAACAAACAAAACUGGUGCCUUAUACAAUAGUUCCAAUCAGUUGCCGAGGUUCUAAAUGUAGUUACAGAAAUAAAGUUGUUCCUAUUGUUAUAGCCUGUAAAAGGAGGCAGGGAACUUCGGUAGUUUUGGACAUUAUUCAAAGCCUGGCUCAUACUGAUCAAUGGUGACUUUCUGUAAAGCACAUUGAAAAAAGUUGAAAUGUUGCCUUAAGUUACACCUCGUUUAAGUCAACAAGCAUGAAGUUGAACAAAACUCUACUUCACACAAGUUUAUCACAUUCUGUAGCUGGGUUCCAAUUUCAGUAGCACUUCAUCAAACCUGUCUCAGAGACCUGCUAGACUUCCUUAUCUCCAGCCCCCAAUUAUUAAAUGCUGCUGCAGCCACCCAAGAGAAAUCUUCAAAGGUUUUGUACAAUCAUUUUUGAACCCCCCCCCCCCCCCCCCCAACCCUGCCUCCAAAAAGAUGGAUACCAGCUGAUUUGCUUUCUCAUCUCAGUCAGUAGUGACCUUCCAGAAUACAGCACUGUGCUUUGGAAUUUUUAAAAGUUUGUGGUUUGUCUCUACCACAGUACCUACGGCAUACGUGUCCUUGAUGGCAGUGAAAGAUGUAGCUGGUCCGAGCAGAGUAGAGAAAGGUGACGCGAAGGGAGUAUGUGUAAUAUAAGUUUUUUUGUAAUAACUGUUGGUUUUUCUAACUUCUUGACAACUGCUUGUAAAAUACUUUCAUGUUGUAAAUGUGGCAAUAAGGCACUUCACAAUUUCCUUUAUAUUUUUGUAUAAUUCCCACGUUUAUCCUUUUCUGAACAAUCGAUAAGAAAAGAAUAAAAAAAAGACAAAUGUAUAUCUUAAUAAAA